UGUGUUCAGUGAUACACACAGGGCCGGAAGUGCACAGCACACACGUGAAUAUGGGGAAACAGAAGAAACAUGGGCAGUCUAAAGCUGGAUCUAAGCUUAAACCCGGCUUUAAAAACAGACAGAAUAAAUGCGUGGUGAUGUUUGAUGAUAAAGAGAGACAUGAGUUCCUCACCGGUUUCCACAAGAGGAAGGUGGAGAGACGUAAAGCGGCGGUGGAGGAGAUAAAGAACAAACUGAGAGAGGAGCAGAAACGAGUGAGGGAGGAGAGGCAUAAAGAAUACCUGAAGAUGCUGAAGGAGAGGAAGGAGGCACUCGAAGAUGCAGAUGAACUCGAUGAUGUCAUCACUUCGACUACAGAGUCACUUCAGUACGAUCACCCCAACCACACCGUCACCGUGACGACCAUCAGCGACCUCGACCUGUCCAGUGCCCGACUGCUGGAGUCUCUGACCAAUCAUGCAGCAGGAGCGGGUGGUGAUGAAGAUGAUGAGAGAGGUGAUAAAGAGGAAAAAGUGGAAGCGUUACCCAGGAAAGCUGGAAAUCCUCUCCUGUCCAAAAAGAUCCAGUCUCUGUCAGCAUCGCUCCACACCUUCACCAAACAGAAGAAGAGAAAAAGUAAAAAGGACACCUGGGGGCGGAGUCAGCAGGGGGACCGGAAGUCAUCCGUUGCCAUGGGUAACAAGCACCGCUUUGGCAGAACAACAAAGAAGCAGCGGCGUAAGAGAACGGGCAGAAAUGAGCGGAGUCAGGACUGAGGAGUUCCUGAUAGUCUUCAUUAUUUCACAACAGAUCACAACAAACAACAAUAAACAUAAAGAAAAUAAACAGAUUUGUUACUUUGUUUAUAGAAAGUUAUAAAAAGUUAUUAAAGAAGAGUUUGUAGAACCUUCAGAGUGGUUCCUCAAUCCCGGAAUCCAUGGUGCCCCCUAGAGCUGCUCUUCCAGAACCAUCUGUAUUUUUCCAGAACCCUGGGUACCGCUUCAGAGUUCUUCCUGUGGUUCUAGGAUUCUCUGUGCUGCCCCAUAAUCCACUCUGUGUGGUUCCAGAACCCUGGGUUUGCACUUGGAGUUCUAGGUGCAGUUCUAGAACCUGAUCAGUACUGAUGUCUGCACUGUCCUGUCACGGAGGUGGACCUUUCUGAUGCGCCAUUUAAUCCGAGUGCAUGCGUAUGUGGUUUAGGAACAUAGGCGUAGGGUGUGGCCGGUUGUCAUGGUAACCAGGGAAGCUUCAUAUCUAACACUGAAUGCUAAGAGCACCCCGCACAUGACCAUUUUUAGUGUGGUGUUAUGUUGAUAACGUCAUCUUGUUUGUUUUCACAAUAUUGAACAGAACCAUGUUAGAAGUUGACAUGAUCUCACAUGAAAAUGCUGUAUAUGUUUCAGUGUUAAUUAUAAUAAUAAUGUUAUGAAUGUGUGUGUAACUGAUUUAAUAAAAAAACAGAUGAUCACUGCCUCACAUUUAUACAUAUUUUAUACCACAUUGUUAAUAAAAGUCAUAUUUACAAUCCA